UACCAUAUUGAAGAAGGAAAUAAAGGCACAAUUUAACACAAUCGCAAAAGCACUUCUUCCCGCCGCGGUUUCCGACUUGAAACUUCUAGUCUUUGAUUUCAGCAUAGACACACUCUAUUCCAAACCCUGUUUCAAAAAUGGAUAAAUCAGUGUCUGCUGCUGCCACAAAUGAAAAGUUGGCUGAAGUUGGAAAUUCUCAUGAACCUGAAAAAACAAUCUCAGAGCUAGUCGAUUUCCUUGAUUCUUUAUUGGAUGAUACUCUGUCUGAUCCAGAUAAUGAACUUAAAGAGAACAAUGCAUUUGAAGCUUUGUCUGAGAUCUAUCAAUACAUCUGUUCUCCAUCUCUUGACCAGGAAGUUGUUGAUGCUCUUUCCUUUGAACUUCCAAAGGCUGUUUCCAAGUUUGCUGGCAUUUCAAGAAAUGUUUUGAACAUGGCAAUUAGCAUCAUUGAUCAGUUUAUAGUAAAAUGUGGUCCAAGGGAUAUGCUUUCAAUUCUCUGUGAUACAUUAGGUUAUUCAAGUAAGGUGACCAAGGCUGCCAGUUACAUUGUCCCUCCUUUAUCAGGGCUCUCAAAGGUUUUUACCUCCAUCCGAAGGCGUCAGUUUGAGCAAGUAAAAGAAGCCGUUCCUAUGAUUCUUAAUGUAGUGAAGGCUGUAUCUUUGGAGUCAGAUGAAGCAGAACUUGAUGAUGUCUUUGACAGAGCUGUUGAGAUUGCAAAUUCUAUUAAUGAAGUUUGCAAUAAGCUGGAUAAUGCUGCAAAGGAGAAGCUCCGAGCUCUUCUUGGUCUAUAUGUCUUGCAAUGCUUGGCUCUUGUUCCAGCUAGUCUAAGUUAUGAAGCUUCCAGCUGUCAUUCAUUAGUAUCACAACUGUCACAAAUUUCAUCAUAUUGUGGUUUAUCUUAUCUCAGUCUCUUAACAACUUAUGAUGUUGAGGCUGUGGCUUGCACCGUUUUUGGAGAAAAUAAAGAUGAUUGUAUGGGUUGUUUAUCUCAUGUCAAGCAUGGUGCCGCCCUUUCAGUGAUUUGGGGCCAUGUCUCAGAGGAGGUUGCUCAUGCUGCUAAAGAAGAUAUGAUUUCUGUCAAGGAUGAGCUUCGUAAUAACCAGAUCAAAAGGUGGCAAGCAAUAGGAACAUUGAAACAUGUACUUUCCUUUGUAAGUCUGCCGUGGGACUUAAAGAAACAUACUGUCAACUUCUUGCUUUGCAUCACAGAUGGAGAUGUCUGUCGAAACUGCAAUGAAGAAUAUUUCGAGUGGUCAUCUUACAUGCCAAAUCUUUUCUCUGCUCUUCAGGCAGUUAAAAUGGUUAUCAUGUAUGCUCCAGACCCAGAACUUAGAAAAAAUUCGUUCGCUGUUGUAAAAGGAGUACUGGCUGAUAUUCCAAUUUCUCAAAGGCUUGACAUCUUGAAAGCGUUGAUUACAAGUACCGACUCUUCCUCCAUGAUUGCUAUUUUGGUCGAUCUUGUCCGGAGGGAAAUGCACACAGAAAUCUGCAGCAGUACGUCAAUAGUAAAAGAUGUCCAACAGAUUAAUAACAAGGCACAUCAGGAUAUAUCAUUUUGGACUCCCAGUGUCCUUGAGUUGGUGGAGUCAGUUCUAAGACCUCCCCAAGGGGGACCUCCUUCCCUACCUGAGCAAAGUGAUGCGGUGUUGUCAGCUCUCAACCUAUACAGAUUUGUACUAAUGACAGAAUCUACUGGAAAGACAAACUAUACCGGAGUCUUGUCGAGGGGCAGUUUACUGAAGGUCUACAAUGAAUGGUUGCUUCCUUUGCGUACCCUAGUGACAGGUAUAAUGGCAGAGAACAAGAGUGAUUAUGAUGAGCUUGCAAUUGACACUCUAUGCACCCUAAAUCCACUUGAAUUGGUGUUGUAUCGUUGCAUUGAGCUUGUAGAAGAGAAACUAAAGCAAGUCACAUAAGCUGUCUUGCUAGCCAAAGUAUGUUUGAAAUAUUUUUUGGUACAUGUCAGUUUUGAAAUAUGAAAUUAUUAAUCCAUGUCAAGGAUUAACAUAUAGUUUCAAUAGUAAUUCUCCUUGCAGAUGCGGUAAAAUUGAACACAUUUAUUUUGAGUUAUGCUUUGAGUAUACACUGUUUUCUUCAGGAGUCGGCCUUUGUGUGAACUAGCAAAUAGCAAUAGACACGAAUUCCUUUUCACCGAAGUCGGUAGUAUACCUGGAAAUGCCAUUGUGUGUGGAUUAGUAAUGAAGAGUUACUUAGUUUAAGGGGAUCGUAAAUUCAAAUCUUCGGGUUGUUUUUGUAGCAGCAGCAAUGAUGGUAAAUGUUACAAAUGUGUAUGUGUAUAAUAUGGAAGGAACAAAGAUGACACAUGGUAUUUAUAUAAUUAUUUUGAUUUUUCA